GCCAUUUACUUUAUCCAAGAAAGAGGUGUUUACGCACCUUUGUGCCAGCCACUGUGCAGGGAGCGGCCCUCACCGAGCGGCGUCCAGCUGGGGAGAGAAACAGCAAGCAUACAAGCAGUUACAGUUGCCAUGGAACGUUAAGACGUUCUUACCUGGGCCAGCUCUCCGGUCAUGCCCAGGGUUCCCCCCGGGAACUCCCUGCUGCUGGGCACCAUGACGGUGAGGGGGGCCGCACUGGCCCCAGAUCCGGCGUUGCCCACGACCGCGGCAGCCUCGCCCAGUGUCUCCGCGACCCCCGAGGGCAGCCCCAUGGCCAUGGAGCAGCCUGUGUUCCUGAUGACAACCGCCGCUCAGGCCAUCUCCGGCUUCUUCGUCUGGACAGCCCUGCUCAUCACCUGCCACCAGAUCUACAUGCACCUGCGCUGCUACAGCUGCCCCAACGAGCAGCGCUACAUCGUCCGCGUGCUCUUCAUCGUGCCCAUCUACGCCUUCGACUCCUGGCUCAGCCUCCUGUUCUUCACCAACGACCAGUACUACGUGUACUUCGGCACCGUGCGCGACUGCUACGAGGCCUUGGUCAUCUACAAUUUCCUGAGCCUGUGCUAUGAAUACCUUGGGGGAGAAAGUUCCAUCAUGUCAGAGAUCAGAGGGAAGCCCAUUGAGUCCAGCUGUGUGUAUGGCACAUGCUGCCUUUGGGGAAAGACUUACUCCAUUGGAUUCUUGCGGUUCUGCAAGCAGGCCACCCUGCAGUUCUGCGUGGUGAAGCCGCUCAUGGCUGUCAGCACCGUGGUCCUCCAGGCCUUUGGCAAGUACCGGGACGGUGACUUUGAUGUCGCCAGCGGCUACCUCUACGUGACCAUCAUCUACAACGUCUCUGUCAGCCUGGCGCUCUACGCCCUCUUCCUCUUCUACUUCGCCACGCGGGAACUCCUCAGUCCCUACAGCCCUGUCCUCAAGUUUUUCAUGGUCAAGUCUGUCAUCUUCCUCUCCUUCUGGCAAGGCAUGCUCCUGGCCAUCCUGGAGAAGUGCGGGGCCAUCCCCAAGAUAUACGCGGCCCACGUGUCAGUGGGCGAGGGCACUGUGGCUGCCGGCUACCAGGACUUCAUCAUCUGUGUGGAGAUGUUCUUUGCAGCCCUGGCCCUGCGGCACGCCUUCACCUACAAGGUCUACGCCGACAAGAGGCUGGACGCGCAAGGCCGCUGUGCCCCCAUGAAGAGCAUCUCCAGCAGCCUCAAGGAGACCAUGAACCCACACGACAUCGUGCAGGAUGCCAUUCACAACUUCUCGCCCGCCUACCAGCAGUACACGCAGCAGUCCACCCUGGAGCCCGGACCCACCUGGCGUGGCAGUGCCCACGGCCUCUCACGCUCCCACAGUGUCGGAGGCGCCCGAGACAAUGAGAAGACACUCCUGCUCAGCUCCGAUGACGAGUUCUAGGUGUGGCCGCUGUGGAGAGGCUCAGCACCUUGGCCAGAGGGCAGGCUGGCACAGCGUUGGCAUUGCCCUUUAAUUUAUUGGACCAGAACACUCGUGUAUUUCUUCCAGAGGAACAGCCGGUCACUGUCUGCCCAGGGGACAGCCCAGGCCCACCCUCGAGCCUUCAGGAAUAUUUCUACAAGGCCAAGACUGCACUGCCCGGGCGAGGGGCACAGGACGCUGGGAGUGACUCUCAUGCCCUUGCUGCUCGUCCCAUGGUGGUGGCAUAUUGGGACCAGCGGCCACAGUCCUCUCAGGCCUGUCCCCCAGGUCAUUGCCCUCCCCCAUGAGACUUACAGCCCCACCCCUAACACCGUGCAAUACACAACCCUGGCUCUUCCCGCCUGCCCCCUCCCCUGUCCACCCUUGUCCAGAGCUAGAUUAGCCUCACCCCGGGCAGGAGGCGGGAGGAGGGAACGCGAAGCUCUCCGCGGACCCCCUCCCGACCCAGGCCUGCCUGGCAUGCUGCAAGGAUCAGAGCCAGACACCAAGAGCCAUGGGUCCCACGAGGAAGGGUGCUCAGGUGCCUCUGGGCCCCUCUUCUGUCGAUGAAGCCUCUCCAAGCGGGGUCCCUGGGCCCCUGGGUGUCCUUUCUGUGGCUGUACUUCUGCCUGCCUCAUGCCCUCUCUUCCUGGCAUGCUGAGGACAGCUAGCAGCCCACACUGCCCCGUCACUUGGGGUCUUUCUUGAGAGCAUUUUUGGGCAGAGCCCUUGCUUCCUGGCUGCUCAGAGGGUCAGGGGCUCCCACCCUCCUUCCCAGGCUGAGCUACCAGAACCUCUCCUGGGUCCUAUCCCUCCCUGGGGCUGCUCCCUUCCAUUUCAGGGGAAGAGUCUGAGUCUUCAUGUUUCAGACCAGCUUCCAAGGAGGAUGGAGGGCUGGGGCAUGCAGCAGGGGGCUGGGAUGGGGGUGGGCGGGGUGGGGGGAGAAGUGGUCCCAGGCUCCUCUCCCUGUCCCCAUUCCCCCAUGGGGCCUGGUGUCCUGCCUCAUCUGUCUCCGCAGCCCAUCUCUUCUGUGCCUUAGUCACAUAUGAAAGCCCCCCCUCUGAAGUCCCUCAGUCUGUCCCAGACACUCCCUGGGGACUCUCUGUUAAGCUGCUGGCACUCAGAGCAUUCUGCAGUGCUGGGCCAGGCGCCCUUGGACAGGCCUUAGGGGUGACCAGGACCACCAGUCCCCUCCCCUCACCCACCUCCACACCCAUAUACCUAGAGCCUCCUAGGGCCGGAGCCCCCAGAAAGGCUGGGCUUGCACUGGCCAUUAUCUUAGGAAGAGCCUCGAGGUGGACAUGAUGCUCAUUCAUACCGCAGUGUCCUGUCUGAGAGCAAACACUCGGGUUUGGGCGCAGCAGCCUGGGGAAGGGGUGGGGUGAGGGGUUAGGGCCCUGCUCUGGCGUCAGCUUCACCGUGGAAUCUUCUGCUCAUUCCUGGAGUGAACUGUGCCGAGGGUUGAGUGGGGGGGGUUGCAUCCCUAAGUUGUCCUUCUGGGCACUUGGCCCUUAUGACCAAGCCGGCCCUCGGGGGCACAGAAGCCUGUUUGUAGGGUACUGAAGGGUAGCUCUCCAGCCCCUGUCCAGUGGUCCUGGUACCAGGCUGCCCAGGAAGGCGGCGGGUAGCUGCAGGCUGUCUAAAGAUGACCUCCGUACCCGUUCCCACCAUUUUCUUUCACGAAUCUCUUUCUCUGAUUCUCCUUCCAGGCCAAAGUGUGCAGCUGACUCCCUGCCCCCAGUCUCUGCCGCCCUGGCACUUGCCCUAUAGCUCAGUGGCAGGGAGCCAGUGGCCCCUGGGGAGGUGGGGGCCGGGGGCUGGGAACUCAUGCCUGACCAAGCCACCCCUCCUUCCUAGGAUGCGUAACCUACCUUGUCUUUUUUUUUUUUUUUUUUUCCUGAUAGAGUAGCUCUUUGUAUAUAAAAAAUACUUGAAAAAUUAAUUGUAUGAUGUAUGAGAAGACAGAGUCCCCUAGUUUUGUAUCUUGUGUAUGACUGCCAUGAGUUCCAUCAGAAAGUCGCUCUAUUUUGGUCUCUGACAUUUUAAAUGCGUGACAGAAGUGAGCAAAUAAAGUGAGAAAGAUAUAUAUGAGAUCAUAUAGAUUGUAUUGAAA